AACCGAGUAAAGUUCCAUUGUCACUGCUCACUCGCUACUUCAUUUCAUUACUCGACAACAUCUAAAAUUAUCAGAUAAAGGAUUUGCCAUAAAAUAUGGAGAACGGAAACAAAGGACACGAAUUAGCCCCCUGCGUGAUCAAGUUCUCUGUAAAAGUUGACCAAUUCUCUGAAAGAUUGAGCCCUUCGGUUCAAAAGGGUGUGAAAUCGUGUCAGGUUUCCAAAUUGGAGAAGGAAUUUUCAUUCUUCAUCCCACCAACUUUUCAACGUAUCAACCAGGAUGCUAUUUCCCAAGAUUCACAAGAAGUAGCUUCCCUCAAGGAAGAAUUGGAAGAAUGGGUGUCUGAUUAUUACGGAUCGUUCAUCAAGCCUGCUUAUGGCGAGUACGUUGUCAACCACGCUGUUUCUUACGUCCUCCGAUUAUGUCCCACUUAUCCAGUCCAUUCUGCAAAAUUUCGCGUACUUUCGCACUGCUUCAUCCUCUCGACAAUAUUCGACGAUUGGCUGGACGAUACCAGGGAAAAGUCCGGAUUUUCUGACGAUAACGACAAAAGUAGUUUGGACUUAAAAAAGAUUAAAUAUUUCGAUAUGGUUCGCGAGGCAGUUGCUAAAGUAUUCAAGGAUGAAGAUUCUGACGGAAUUGACUUGGACGAAAUGGGAACACACGUCGCCAAUAUGGACAUGAUUAAGGAGCAACCAUUCAUUGUAGUGAUUGCAGAUUCGGGCAAAGAAAUUACUAAAUUUGUUAAAGCCGCAAAUCCAAAUUUGUCAAGUGGAAAGUUUAAAAAAUCUUUGAGAAUUGAAUUUGUCCGCUGUUUCGAGUCCCUCGGGUGGACCUUUGUCAAUUCGAGGGAAGGAGGAUUGGACGAGUAUUGCGUGGACACAUUUAGAUAUUUUAGGACGUUGGAAGCUGGACUCCCCAUUUAUAUGACCGUUAUCAAAAUGAUAGAAAAUAUCGAGCUACCCGAAUUUAUCCGAAUCAACCCGGUCUUCACCAGAUGGCAUGAAAUGGCCGACAAGUUGGUGGGAAUCCUGAACGAUUUGCUCGGACUUCAGAAACAACUCUUGUACGGAGAGGAGGAUGGAACACUUUUCUUCAAAGUGAGGAAAGGACUAUCCUUAAAUGAUGCGGUUGACGACGAAAUAAGAGUCCUCGAGGAAUUGGUGAAAGAUUACAUAAAAUUGCGGAAAUUUGUGCUCACAAAAUUCCCUGAUUGUAAAGAACUUCCAUGGUAUGUCGAAUUUGUGGAGGGAUGGUUGUUCGGGUCGGUGUACACUUUCAAGGACUCCAAGCAGUACGGGAUGCAGGAUCAGAUUCACGUCGAGGAGGGUGGAGUUACUCGAACGAAGAUGUAAUGUUAAAUCUCGUUUCGAGAAUUACAGAAGAUUUGAGAAAUUAUUAUUUAGAUGGCAUUACGAAUUUAUGUGCAUACUUUAAUUUUUCGUGUAAAUGAUGAUUGAAUAAAUCAGUCUUAUUACCCA